AUGGCUUCUGCAACUAACCUUAAUCUCAAAUUGCUUGAAUGCUGCCAUUUCACAACCUCCAUUUCCAAACCCACUUGUCCAUUGCUCUCCUUGAGGCAAAUUCACUUCCACUCUUCUCCUGUUUCACUGAAAACCAAGAUUCCACCUUUCAAAAUUGUCCCAUUUGUAGCCCAGACUUCAGAUUGGGCCCAAGAAGAAGAAGAAAACAGUGGGAGUGAGUACGAAAGUGAUGGUGCUACAGUGGCUAAUGUCGCCGCUGAUACAUUUGCGUGGGGGACUACAGAGGAUAACGUUGACGGCGACGGUGGAAGUUCGGACGAAUCUUAUUCGGAGCCGCCGGAGGAGGCCAAGAUGUUUGUCGGAAAUGUGCCUUAUGAUGUAGACAGCGAAACUUUGGCUCAGCUUUUUGGUCAGGCUGGGGUUGUUGAAGUCGCUGAGGUGAUUUACAAUAGGCAGACUGAUCAAAGUCGAGGCUUUGCAUUCGUGACUAUGAGCACUGUGGAAGAAGCUGAGAAGGCCUUGAAGAUGUUCAAUGGCUAUGAUCUAAACGGGCGAGUUUUAACCGUGACCAAGGCCACUACAAAAGAUUCUCGACCAGAAAGGGUUCCCCGAACGUACCAUUCUUCUUUCAGAUUGUAUGUGACUAACUUACAUUGGCAAGUGGAUAAUGCUCGUCUGAAGCAAUUUUUUAGCGAGCACUUCAACGUGGUUGAAGCUAGAGUGAUUUACGAUAUGCAUACCUCGCGUUCACGUGGCUUUGGCUUUGUCACAAUGUCGAGUGAGAAGGAACUGCAUGAGGCUAUAGCCGCUCUCGAUGGGCAGGAUUUGGAUGGACGGGCGAUUAGAAUCACUGUUGCUGAGGAAAAACCAAUGCGCAGAUUUUAG